AUGCGUCUUCGUCAGCGAUCGGUUAGCCGAACAGCGGGGGCCAACGCUGGCGUUCAGAGUGCUACGGGGGGCAUUUGCGAGCACGCCGCUGCGUCGUUGGAGGCGCUUGACAAGAACACGGUGGUGAACGCGACGCCUAUCUUUUUCAACGGCAUCAACGGAUGUCCGCACGCGGGUUUGACCGCGUGUAUCUCGCAAGCCCGAGCUAAAGCGUUCUUGUCGGAAGUCGAAGAAACGUUGUUGUUGGGGAUGGUGGCGGAGGCAAAAGACGUCGGCGUGUACCCAGUCGUCCAACUAAGCAAGUGGGGAUACGCCGUGAGCGAGAGGCGGAGUGACGGCAAGGGCAAGGGCAAGGGCAAGGGCGCGUCGAGAAAGAUCACUGCUGCCCGGGGCUUGAUGUGCAAGGCAAACCGGGGGGGACCCUGUAGCGAGUUCGAGAAGAAGAACCGAAAGUGUCUUCACACGUUGGUGGUCGCCCUUGCGCUUUGGCAAGAGGAGGGUAUGCGAGAUGAAGGGCUGGGUGUCGAGCAGGUAGACGUGGAUGGAGGUAGAAUUCCAGAUGGAACGCCGCGCACGGCGCAGAAAAUGCUCGACAAGGAUGCACCGGCGUAUCGCAAGUGCUUGGCAAACUGCCUGAACACCAUGUCGGUCAUCAAGUUCCCGGAGAACCUCCCUUUCGGCCUGGGACGUCGUGGUGCCACCACCAACGCAAACGCCAGCAUCACGUACACUACAUCUCAGAAGACGUGUUCAGGGUGUGGUCGUGACUUCCCUGCGGAGAGUCAGCAUAGCGUGGUUCCGACUCGGUUGACAGAGGGACCAGGCAUGUCGAAAGUGAACGUGCACACAAACGAGUGUGAGACGUGCGGUAUCCACGGAUUCGCCAAUGACAACUGGCGGGAGACUGGUCUGUUCAACUACAACAACAGCUACCUGGUGGAGCUGUCUAUCCUAUACAGAUGCCUGGAGGCGUUCACCAGGGGUACGACUAUAUGCGCCGUCUUCGAGACGUUUUUAGAACCUUUGGCGAGUGACCUGGUCUGGAUCAAGGCGAACCCUGAUCUCAGCAAAAGGCUCGCAAACGGCACCAACUUGCUCAACGUGCUCAACAGCAUUUUCUUGGCGUUCCUGGCCCUCAUCGACCACACUUUCGAGUUUCGGUGCUGGAUGUGGGGGAAGUUUCCGCCGAUGCUCACUUUCGACGCCUGCAACUCGGUGACUCUGGGGCAAGUGAUCGCGUCGACACCCGAGCAAGACAUAAACACUGACCUCGUCAUGAAUCUUCUGCAGUUGAGCAUUGUAUCGCCGGCCUGGUUCGGCGGCACAAGGGUACAGUUUGUGGUCGGGGCCGGGGAGACGGUUGGAAACGCGCCAGCGUGGGUGUCGCCAGACAUUCGACUGUCGGAGAUCUUCCACAAGACACAGCGUGGGGUGUUGCAGGGAAGCAACAACACCGCCUUCGUUGAGCAAGGUAAUGGCGCUUUCCUUAUCGAGAGGCUGGAGGGGAAGGCGAUCGGUGACCUGUCCGGCAUGAACGUGGCGACCCUGAAAGGGCACAUGAAGGCCUGCUGGCCCGAUGGAGGCGUUUCAAAGUUCUCGACCAAGGAGCCGAUGGUGUCGAUCCUGCAGCAGCUGCACUCGUUUUGGGAAUCAGAUGGCAACCCCAACCGCAGGUCUUGCUCGAAGCAUUUCGUGAGCCGAGAACGUGGCGUUGCAGAAGGGGUGAUGGGCGUCUUCACGCCGAAUAAGGUCAUGGUUAUCCACAAGGUGCUGCUUACUGCGAAGAGCGUGGUGGACAUGAGCGACUGCAUAGGGGCUUGCCAGAGGAAUUGGAACCCCCCCUCGAACGGUGACGUGGUAAGCAAACUAGGGAAGUACUGGUGGAUCGGGAAGGCAGGAAAAGACUUAGACCCGAAGAAAAGGGGGGAGGGAGGAGUCGGAUUCCUGGUCAAGGAAUACUUGUUUGACGUGGUGGAAGUAGUGGUGAAAACGGAGUUCGAGGAAAGCCUAUGGCUUAAGAUACCUGGGGAGCGGGGAAAAGUGUUCUGUAAGCUGCUGGACGAUAGGAUAGUGGGAGUGUUGGAGAAGGAACAUGGCAUAAGUGAGGGCCAGGCAGGAUUCCGAAAGAAGAGGGGGUGCGUAGACCAGGUUUUGACGGUAGGGAGAAUCAUCCAAGGUAGAAAGAGGGCGGGAAAGCCGACGUACUGCUUCUUCCUGGACGUGAAAAAGGCAUACGACACCGUAUGGAGAAAUGGGUUGUGGAAACAACUGUCCAAAUAC